UUGUAAAAAGUAUCGGAGCUUGUCUGGGAGCUUUCGUCUCAUUGUUUUGGUUAAUUGCUCCGUCUAAACUUAGAUAUUUGUCCUUGUAAUAUACAGAGAAAUAAUGUUUUACGUAUCGAGCCCCAUUCAUGUGUUCCUUUCGAGAUUCAUUGGAAAGACACUCUGCAAGUAACAGUUGGUACACGAAAGCAUUUGCUGUUGGUCUUCAAACAGUUGAGUUUUACCAAAAAAAUCAACCAAAAUGUACUGACAGAAAAACAGCUUGUUUGACAUAAACCAAUGAUAGUUACCGUCUGGGCUAGCUAUCUUCUACUGCAAGACCCACCUCCACUUUUUGUGUAUGCCGCCCGUGCCUUCAACUCUGGACUUGUGUGCCUCGCCCGAGGGAUCUAUCACAUGGGGAGCUCCUGCUUUAGCAAGGACCGCAGUCGACAGCCACCUUGCCGCCAUCACCAGAACCACCAUGGUAACCACCGCCAACGCCACCAUCACCAACAGCAGCAUGGCCAGCAUGGGCAGCCACACCCACCACCCAGGGGACAUCACGUGACUGUCAUGCACCAGUCCGCACAGCAAAGCCUGGAGAGACAACUACGCAAUGUCAGGCAUCCAAACCUGUUCUUGACGCGACUGUCGUCCAGUGACAAUGAUGAUGAUGAUGAUGACAACACCAACACCGACAUUCUCGUCCUGGAUACCUUGUCAAUUAUCAGGCGGCUUGUAGACAAUGACCCUGAGCCACCUUCUUCAAUGCUUAGGCUUCAUGAUAUUGCCGAGAGUGAAAGUGGCUGGCUGAGGGUGGUCCUGUCCAUGAUUCGUGUUAUCCCAAUGGAAGAUGGCUUGGGACCAGCUGUCAUAACGUUACUUAUAGAUGAGUGCCCUCUACCAACUGUGGAAACAAUACACAGGCUGUAUGGAGCUCUAGGAAUCCCCAAAGGUCUUCCACAGGAGGCUCUUGCCUGUGCAGCCAAGCAUCGGAACAUUGCUACAGUCCUGGGAUGUCUAGCCGAGAAGUUGGCCGGGCCCAAAAGUAUCACCAUGCUCACUGGCGACGUGCUGCAGUAUCUCCUGUCAAGCUUGAACUUGAAGUUCAGCCCCCAGGUGGUUCUUUUUUCCCUCAUAGCCUUGGAGAAAUUUUCACAAACAUCUGAAAACAAGAUAACGAUUUCUAACAGUGGGAUUCGGGAGCACUUGCUUCCAUUGGAGAAGUACGCCAACAGUGAGGACCUGAUGCUCAGACAGGUGGGCUUCUGUGCCCAGUGGUGUCUGGACAACCUGUUCCUGGUGGAAGGCAGACCAUACACUCACGAGUUAGUGUCCCUCAAGGAUUGCCACGCCAUGCUGAAUGACAGGGAUGUCAGUGAAUAUCUCAAGAUAACACCCACCGGGCUUGAGGCGCGGAGCGACGCUUCGUCCUUUGAGAGCGUGCGUUGUACGUUCUGCGUGGAUGCCGGGGUCUGGUACUACGAGGUCCGGAUCAUUACCGACGGUGUGAUGCAGAUUGGCUGGGCUACCAAGAACAGCAAAUUCCUGAAUCAGGAAGGGUACGGUAUCGGGGACGACGAGUUCUCUUUCUCCUACGACGGAUGCCGACAGCUGCUGUGGUACAAGGCCAAGAGUAGACCCCAUCGACAUCCCAUGUGGAAAGCAGGGGACAUUGUUGGAUUCUUAUUAGACUUGGAGCGUCAGGAGAUGUUGAUCUCACUGAAUGGAAACUUCUUACCUCCAGAAAGGGACGUCUUUACGUCAGCCCAAUCUGGGUUUUUUGCCGCUGCGAGCUUCAUGUCAUUCCAGCAGUGCGAGUUCAACUUUGGGAUGAAGGCCUUCUUUUACCCGCCCCAAGUGCCGUUCAAAACGUUCAAUGAAUACGCAACCUUAGCCCCAGACGACAAGGUCAUCCUUCCCAAACACAAGAAGAUGGCUUUACUACGGCAUAUGAGUGUCAGUGAAAACGCCUGUAAUCUCUGCUUUGACCGAGAAGCCAACGUCAUCCUGAAGCCAUGUAAUCACAGCGGUGUGUGUAUGGAAUGUGCAAUUCAGCUGGAGCAGUGUCACCUUUGUCGGGGAUCGAUCAGUGUCCGUGCCUUCCUCCAAGACGGUGAGCUCCAGUCGUGACAAAGCGUCAACAAGUUGACCAUCAUCCUUGCUGAUGGGUCGCAGUUUCUCUCUCCCAAGUGACUGUGUAACUAGCUUGUGUCGUCUCAGUUCUGUGGCAUUCGAUGGAAUAUUUUCUAAGCUUAAAAUUUCUGUGCAGGAGAAAAGAAAAGGAGUUUUUCUUUUUGGUAAUCGACCAAAGUUUGACUUUUGCUCUUGAAGUGCCCCCACAUGAAAUCAAUGAGUUCCAUCCCAUUAACUUCCCAAAACAAGCAUAGCCCCCAACUGUAUAGGUUGCAAUUAGACUGUAUCCAUUCUAACUUGAAGCACCCCUUCACCAGUGAAGUAGAGACAAGUUGGUGGGAAAAAUUUUAACCUGGCACGCACCUGAAGACCCAUUAACAGACAUUUGUCAGACUUGGUCAGUGCCUCUUGUGCCGAACUCGCAUAAACCUGUCCAUGCACUUGGUGUUUUCCAUCCAAGGAGACAUUUGUUUCCAUGAUGAAAACAUGCCAUGUCAUACUCCUGCACAGAGCAAAUAGAGGUCUUUCUACAUCAUGGCUGGGGCGCAAUUUAGAGCUUAGGCUUUAUUUGUAUACCUCACAGCUUAACCCUCUCCAGGUUUUCUUCGGACGGUCCCGCUUAGCUAAACAGAAUCUAACAGCUGAAGUUGGAAGCUGUUAAAUCCAACAGAGCUAAUCCAUCAGCUAAAAUCCAGCAGAAUCCAUCGCCAGAUCCAUCAGAAUAUCCUUGGUCAAAAUCCAUCAAAAUUCUGUAGCUAAUCUGUUAGAAUCCACUGACAAAUAUCCAUCAGAAUCCAUUAGCCAAAUCCAUCAGAAUCCAUCUCCACUCCCAACAGAAUCCAUCAACAAAAAAAUCUUACAUUACAGCUCUAUAGAAAGUGGUUACUGUUUAACACUGUAGGAUUAUAAGUUGCCUUUAGACUGGUGAAACCCAGAACUGUCUUCUGUAAUCACCUACUAAGCAAAGAAGGGAAAUCCUCAAACCAAUUUGAAAAGAAUAUUGAGUGUCCAGAAGGAUGUGUAGCGGAAGUUGUGUAUAUUUGGAUUUUUGUCCUAAUUAAGGAACGUAUGCAUCAAGUUAAAAAACAAUCUAUUUUUUUUCUGUAUUCAAGUUCUGAAUGAGACAAAGGCAAUUUUCUUGUGUUGAAUAAUUCAGGAAGUAACCAUUUAUUCCCCCUUUCGUGCAUCAUAACAGCAGGAGUAGAGUGCCUUAUAGAAUAACUGGGAAUUGUAGUUUCAGUGAAACCAACUAUAAUCUAGAAAUAUUCUACUCAGAGUUCAGCAAAAUCUGGUUUAGUUUGUUGUAAAAAAGUUUGUAAUGUUGAUAUUGAUGUUCAUUAUUCCUACUGUAAACUGCACAUGCAGACACUCUCUCCAAAACAUGCUCUCUCAUUUAUCCGAAACUACGGAGCUUAAGCAGGAGGGUGACUAUUCCAUUGAGGAUUGGGGUCUGGAUAAGUGAUGACAGUGUCAUAGUUGAAAUUUACAACUUUAUUUCCCACAUAUUGCCCAGCAGCAUGUAAAUCUAGUUUACUAUCCUUGGAGAACAACUUGAGCUCCAUGUCUACCAUGCUGGGCCACUCACAUGCCCUAUAGUCAUGGGGUUGAUGAAAGGUUGUGUACAUUCUGUUGAAAAUGAAGUCAGGCGCACCAGAUCCCACACGCAGUGCGGCCUCCGCUGGCUACUGCGAGUGGGCCACAGAGCGUUAUAUCCACAGUUACCCGCACAGACAACCAUAUCUCACAUUGUGCUACACUCAGUUCAAGAUUGUAAACCGGGUGAUAGGUUUCCCCAAGUUUCUCUGCAUGGUGUCCAGUAGGCCAGUUCAGCUGACAAGUUUCAACUCAAAGGUCGAUCAAUGUCUUGGUUCCAAUAUUCAUAUUUCAGGUAGUGAUUAAGAUCUACUUUGUGUGGCAUUUUGAAAACAGGAGGAAAACUUUGUGUCAUAAAAGGGGAAAAGUGCAGGAAUGCUUUUGUCAGAGAUGCCCCUUUUCAUCACCGCAGUGUGCAAUAGUUACUUGGCACCAAGGUGUGCCUGUGUGAUUAAGGGUGAAGGGAAAGCGACAGUUGGCCUGAAUCACAAAGAACAAAACCGGAUGCCCAAUUGAAGUUAAAAAAGGGAUAUAGCCAGUUUCCCGUAACAGAAGUCGACCUAAAAAGUCAAAGAAAAAAAUUCCAGUCGUCAUAUCUUUCCGUCCCCAAAGCUUCAGUCAACUACCUUUGGACUCAAAAUGCAAAAAUCUGGUUUUUUAGCGUUCCACGAAGCCUGGUUUUUGUUUGAAAAUUUUCCCCAAGAAACUGUUUUUUUUUCUUUCCCUUUUCAUUGUCUGAGUUAUUUGGUAAUAUGUAUAGUUUGAGUCACCUAGUCUCAUCCCCGGUACCUGACAUUAAUAAGGGUUGGGUUCUUCAUUCUGAUGUACACCCCUAGCCCUAAGGCAUGGUUUUUUUUUUGUCUGUGGCAUUGACAGUAGAGUGUGCGGGGACUGUAGGUUCCUGAUUUAAGGUGCACGCACAGCGUUGGGGGGGGGAUAGCACAUGUAAACCAGUUUCUUUACAUCGGUUCUUGUUCUCCAUAAACCCAUGCAUAAUUUCCUUUAUUCCUCAUCUGGGCCCCGACUACUAAAUGCAUCCUGAAGUAUAAAUGUGCUGUUGGUGCUGCUUGUGAUAAACGUGACACCAUGGUCCGAGGACACUUGACAUAAGAGCACUGGUAUGACAAGACGCUGUUAUAAAGAGCAGGUCCCCAAUCUUUUAAGUUCUUUUUUCUUUGGUUUUACAGUCAUUUUAGAACAAGGUUCUGGCCAUAGAUGAAUCAGGUGACCAUGGUAAUACUAUCCCUGGCUAUUUGCAAUCACUGUGGCCCCCACCAAUGGUAGACAGCACUGCGGUAACUAUUGUAUGAAGCCACUGUGCUGUGUUAGUUGCUCUGCCCAAGACUCGACACCAUUGAAGGGGGCCAUUUAGAAACAUGCACUGAAACAGUAUCUAUAACAGAGUAAAGUGGCUGGUCCCAUCAACCUUCUUGUAAAGAGAGUUGACUGGUUUAAGAUUGUGAUUGGGAAUAAACAUGUCGAAAAUGCCCAAGCAUUUGUAAACCAGUGGGCAUUGGGACUUUCGCGCAAACCAUGCAUCCAAAGUUGCCAAUGGCCUACUCAUGCAAUCAAUCCAGAUUUGGUAUUUAGAUGUAAUUCCUAUGGUUCAGUGUGGUGUGCUUGGGACUUGGAAAAGGACUCAUCCACCGUAUGGCUGGUAUGUAUGACCUAUUCUCAACUGAAUGUACACAAAACUGGGAAGGGGGGAUUUCACAUUAUUUGUAAUCUGCAUUUUGAUUUUGAUAGAUCAUUAAGGCUACAAAUAGAAACAAUCUGCAAGUCAAACUUUGUAUCGCUUUAUUGUAUCAUAAUAAAAAUUAAUAGAAUGGUUAUUCCAAAACCAACAUGUAAAUUACAUUUCAGAAGAUAAAAAAGUUUGUAUUUAAGAUGAAAGACUUGUAUAUUUUACGAAGCUUUAUUAUAAUUUAACUACUUUGUUCAAUUUAAAAAAUAUCACAAGUAACAUUCUUUUUCUUUGGUAAUAUACAGGUUUAACUAAUGGUAAGAUUCAGCUGUAUUUUAUGCCCUGUUUUCUCUGUAAAUACUGUUAGUACUGUGUGCUCUUUCAAAAUAUCAAUUAACCGAUAGAAGUAGAUUCCCAAUCAUUGGAUAAACACCGCCGAAAUGACAUUUUAUUUCACAAAGAUAACAUUUUAGUUUUGGGUUUCAAAAGCCUCAACUACCCUGACUGGAUCUCAUUCAUGAACUCUUCUAAUGUUAAGUUCAUGCAUUGCCCUAUUGUCAAUGUUUAGUUUCCCACUCACGGGGUGAUCAAGUUAUUCUGACCCAGUCUGAAAUGAAGAGAACAGUUAACCAAAUUUUUUUUAUAAUCAAAUCAGUUGCACAGUAAAUGUGCAGUUAACAAAUGCCUUACAAAGUGUCUGGACCUCACAGAAGUACAUUUAAGGACACAGUCAGUCGUCGAUGGAAGUGCUAUUUUUUUAAAAGGCAACAAGUUUUGUUAGCAUACAUGUUCCAGCAGCUUUUCGGCAAGUACAUUUCAGUUUGAUGAAAAAAAAGAAGAAAAAAUGAAGAAACUAGCUGUGAAAUAGCAGAAAUUGCCCUACGGCUUACAAACUUCCAGCGAUACUUGCAUCAUGAAGCAAAGGUAGAAAAGUGAACAACAUGGCUACAAACAAUGCGAACAACUGCACUAUCCUUACACUCAGGAAGCAGCUUUGGUUUGGCAAGAGUAAACAUUUCCACACUUAACUACGGCAAGAAUUACCAUUAACUAUUAUGGAGCGAAAAAGAGAUUCAACUUCAGUGCAUGACCAGCUGAGACAUCUUUGAAAGCAACAUUGCAGUAGCCUAUUGAACUAAGCUGUUUUGUUUUUGUGUUACCUCACAUUGAUCAGAAAUUGUGCUGUUGCAUAUAAGCUGUAAAAUGUAUGGUCACAAUAGGCCUACCUACUGAUGAGGUCAUGAUUUGUUUAUACAUGUACGUAUCCUUUUCAAUAGAGCCGUCCAUUCCAUUGUCCCCUCUGGGUCCCAGAGGAAGGCACAUGUAAACAUCGUGUGACCCCAUCAGCAUGUGCCUGUUGAACCACAGUAACAUGUAUCUCUUCUCAAAUACAUGUAGAUUGUUUUCGCAAGUCAUUAUGUGGCCUGUCACCCUGUUUAUCACAAGUUUGUCAGAAACCUCCAAGAUUUUAAAUUGGGUUUUGCUGUUAUUUCUGUUGUCCAUGUUUUUGUGCAGUCAGUGAAGGAGAAAAUUAAAAAAUGUUAAUUUGGA